AUGAGGAUCACGGUGUUGUUGGCCGAAAACGGUCGACAGUUUACCGUGGACGUUGGGAGUAAGAACCACUUGAAAGACCUGAAAGCCAAGUGUGCCAGCUUAAGUGGAGUUCCGACAGACCGGAUACAUUUGGCCCAUCGCGGAAAUCCUUUAACCGACCUUAAAGCCACGGUGGGCAAGUUAAUCCGGAAUGGCGGCGUCGUCGACAUGACAGUGCUGCGAGCCGGUACGUCCGAUGAUAAGACGGUCGAAUGUAUUAUACCUCAUUUUGGUCGAUCAGGAAAUAAGCAGGUCCCACAUAAAGGCGCCAACAUACGUCCAAAUGCUUCAUCUCAGAUUAUGUACGAAGAUGCAAAAUAUAUCAGACGCUUGUUGAUCGCCAACCCCGACCAACUGGCUUUGAUGGGCCAGAACAACCGGCGUCUGGCCGACGCCAUGGCCACCGGCAGCGUAGGAGAAUUCGCCAAGGUGAUGAUGAGUCAGCUAACGGAGCGGAAGAAAAAAUCCGAGUUGCUGGAAAAAUUGGCAACGUCCAAAGCGUUUGACGCGAAAUCGCAAAAACGAAUAGCCAAAGAAAUACUGAACGCCAACAUCGAUUCUAACCUAGAGGCGGCCUUAGAGUACAAUCCCGAGUUGUUUGGUUCCGUGUUCAUGUUGUACAUCGACUGCAAGGUCAACGGUUAUCCCGUGAAAGCGUUUGUCGAUUCCGGAGCACAGACGACCAUAAUCACUGUGAACUGUGCCAAAAAAUGCGACAUCAUGAGGCUGGUUGACACCAGAUGGGCGGGCAUAGCUAAAGGCGUGGGAGUCCAGAAAAUCGUUGGCCGGGCGCAUUUAGUUUCGUUGCAAAUCGAAAACGAUUUCCUGACCACCAGUUUUUCCGUGUUAGACGGUCAACCGAUGGACAUGCUGCUUGGACUAGAUUUGCUCAGAAGAUACCAAUGUGCUAUUGAUCUGGCCAACAACGUACUCAUCAUCGGCACCACCGGUACUAAGACGCCUUUUCUACCGGAAAGGAAAGCGCCGGGAAACAAAAAACGUUCGAACAAGCGGAAUCUCUACAACUGCGAACAAAACGAAUUGAAUUUUAGAGGUGACGACGUUAUGAGUUUAAGUUCAUAA